UCUUAUGAAAUGUGUGUUUGUAGAAAUGUGUUAGUAGUUAGAAGUGUUGCCACAGCAAAGCCAAUAGUGUUUUUUUUUUAAUUCCUAGCUGUCAAAUCGGUCGUAUUUGCUCCUUGCGCAAGAGGUUAUUUUUAAUUCAUAUCAAAGUGGGUGUAAUUGCUGCACCUUGCACAGGAGGUUAUUUUUAAUAUCAAAAUGCUGUCUUUUCCUGCAAUGUUGUGCCAUGCCGUGAUCUGGAUUAUAGUUUUUGUUUCCACGAAUGGACAAGGGACUCCUAUCUCGUCCCAACGAAUAUCGGCAAUGGGAAACAGAAGGAUGCAACGUUUGAAUGCUACCCAACAAAGUACGGGAACUGGUGUCAGCUCAACAACCACUCCCACGCUCGUUCCGGCAAUCCCACGACUACCACGGCGGUUACUGGAGAGGUGGAACAGACGGCGAUUUCAAGAUACCACAACCAACCCGGACGCCACAACAACAACAAUAGGCAGCCUCAGAGCUGCCCGCCAGCGGCAGGGUGCGGAACGGAAGCUGCAGCGGCGCAUGUUUCGACGUCAAAGACUACGGGAGAAGGAAAAUAGGCUGCUGGAAAAAAUAAAAGCCAAAACCGAAAAAUUAUUGCCAUCGCCACCAUCAUUGCCAUCACAGAAUAUGCUGCAAACAGUUGAUGUAGCUGCUGGUGAUCUGAAAAACUCGACCAACUCAUCAGACUCUUCGUCAAAAUCACAGCUAUCAUCGUGGGAACAGCAGAAACGUAAAAUGAUUGAAAAAAUCAGGAAAAAACAAGUUAAACUCGAUGCGAGAAUUGCAGCAGCUAAAAGGGCUAUAGAAAUUGUAAAAUUAAGGGAAAUUCGAAAAGACGGAGCCAAAAACAAAACUAAUAGUUUAAUUGAUAGUAUCAAUUUAAAUAUAAAUUCACAAAUACACUUAACACAUUCUGACGGGAGUAUAUCAAAUGCAUCUUUACCUCAAUCUGAUAAUGUGAAUAUUUUAACUGAAGCAUCAUCCACAUCUCCAAAUCCAGUGCCUCAAAGUACCAACGAAACAACGUCAACCCCACUUGUCAACCAUUCCAAUGCAAGGUUAGGCUUAGAAAGUCCAUUGCACCAAACACAUUCAAUUGCUAAUAUCGGUGACCCCCUGGUGCCUGGCAUGGAGUUAGGUCCAGGAGAAAGCAUACCUCUUGGUAUACCAAUGAACUUUGUUCCAGUUGAUCUCAACCCAUUCCUGUCAAAUGUUGUUGCAAAACCUGGUGCAAGCGAUACCAAAGAUCGGAGAAAUAGUUUGCAAACAGAAGAUGAGACACUUGCUAGAUUCUGGCCUCCAAGGUUGGCUAUUACAAGUGAUGCCAAUAAGGGACAGCCCCUCUUAGAGAUUGAAAAUGAGACCCCAAUCGCUGGACAUAGAAGUGGUAUUCCCCUCGGGUCAUCUAGAAGAGUUGGAAUUAAAGACAUCAACCAUUUCGGAGAACCUCUCGGUUUUUCAAAAUCAGAUUCCCCUCCUCCCAUAAAACGUACAGAAUUUAUUAAUUCUAUACUUGGCGGAUUAAGACAGCAUAUUCAGUUUCAUCGAACUCAUCAAAAGCAUGGGUCUAGUGAACCUCUAAAUAUUGACCAUCUCGGUGCACCACUACAGCCAUCGAUUGGCCAUUCUGGUGAACCACUAGAGCCAACAAUAGGUCAUCCCGGUGAUCCACUUCAGUCAUCAUUUGGCCAUACCGGUAAACCAGUUCCAACAUCGAUCGGUCAUCCUGGUGAACCACUUCAGCCAUUAGUUGGUGAUUCCGGUGAACCAUUUCAGCCAUCAAUCGGUAAUCCUGGUGAACCACUUCCGCCAUCAAUCGGUCAUCCUGGUGAACCACUUCCGCCAUUGAUUGGCAAUCCCGGUGAACCUUUACGGCCAUCGAUUGGGCAUCCCGGCGAACCAUUACGGCCAUCGAUUGGGCAUCCCGGUGAACCAUUACGGCCAUCGAUUGGGCAUCCCGGUGAACCAAUACGGCCAUCGAUCGGUCAUCUUGGUGAACCACUUCAGCCAUUAAUUAGUGGUUCCGGUGAACCAUUACAGCAAUCAAUUAGCCAUCCCGGUGAACCAUUACAGCCAUCGAUUGGCCAUCCCGGUGAACCUUUACGGCCAUCGAUUGGGCAUCACGGCGAACCAUUACGGCCAUCGAUUGGGCAUCCCGGUGAACCAAUACGGCCAUCGAUUGGGCAUCCCGGUGAACCAACACGGCCAUCGAUCGGUCAUCUUGGUGAACCACUUCAGCCAUUAAUAAGUAAUUCCGGUGAACCAUUACAGCAAUCAAUUGGCCAUCCCGGUGAACCAUUACAGCCAUCGAUUGGCCAUCCCGGUGAACCACUAUGGCCAUUGAUUGGUAAUCCCGGCGAACCAUUACAGCCAUCGAUUGGCCAUCCCAGUGAACCACUAUCACCGUCAAUAGGCCAUAUCGGUGGACAACUACCACUAUUAGUGAAUAAUAUUUCUGCAAGAGAAACAUUUGGGAACCAACCUGUCACAGACACGUCAGAGCCAUCUAGUAAUAGCUUAAACGAGGGUGUUCCCUUACAGCCAUCAUUGGGCCAACCUCUUGGCGAAUCGAAUCAAGGAGAACCAAUCGGUUUAGGUCCCAUCGGUGGAUCGGAACCUGGGGAUGAAUGGGCAGAUAUUUCACUUGGUGCCAGACAACCUGUCACCCAAUUCCAGGAUGUAGAUUUAAGUACUUUUUUUGCCUCUGAUGAACCGACUAGUUCGUCUUCUCCGGGUCAAAGACAAGGUGGAAUACAAACACUUAGCGGUGGGUUGAUACCAAGAAUAGAACGUCCACCGGAAUCAACGAGUUCUGUUUCUGGCGAGCAGAUAAGGACGCAAAGCCUUCAGUUGUCUCAAAUAUUCUCUGAUUUAUCCUCAAAUUUGAGACGACCAUGAAAAACUAGCCUUUUGUGCUUACUUUUGAAAUGUUAUAUUUAUAUUUAUUAUGAUUGUUUGAUUAAUUAUUUAAUGCGGAUAAUAAAUGCAAACAUAUUGA